AUGGCAGACGGCAGGUCGCGAUCGAUUCGGUCGACUGGCACUUUUCUUCCUUCAGGGGACAUAUUCUCGUUCGAGGACGCGGGUAGACUUAGGAAGAAGUGGCUGUUGCUUCUUGGCUGGCUUGACGUCGUUGGGGAACAUGACGAUGACAACGGCAGCCACGUCCUUGAAGGUCUGGCCGAGGGCGCAGGUCCGUUUGCCCUGGAUGUAAUGUGGACAGUACUGCUGGGGCAUGUAGUAGGCCCCGCAGAUGGACCCUCUCUUGAAGACGACGGAACGCGUCAGCUGGUUCGUGAUAGUGAUCACCGACUGGCCUUCGGAGGAACAGAGGGCGGUCUUGCAUCUGCUGAGGUAAUGGCUGGACGGAUCAAGGCCUUGGCUGACGACGGAACAGAAGGCGUAGUGCGACUUGUUGUAGAUGGACUUCAGCCAGUCGUGGAGGGCGUUAGAGACGAACACGUUGGCUUGGCGGAUUGA